GCAUGUUGUGUCCCAGCGUCUUCCAGCCGUCCCCCUUCACUACGCGGUCUCUCCUGGACCUGGACCUGUUCUGGCCGGUCCGCAGCCUGUGGCCUGAGACCCGGCCGCUCCUCCACCUGGUGGAGCAGGAGGUGCUGCGCCUCCUACUGGAGAUGAGGCGGAGCAUGGAGCACAUGGAGAGGCUGCACCGGAGGAUCUUCGAGGAGAUCGACCAAACCUGGUCCCAGAGGGGGGCCUUCGAGACCAUCGCGGUCCAUGAGCUGGGGAAAGACGGCGCCGGCUUUGCCCUCAGUCUGGACACACAGGCGUUCUCCCCGGAGCAGCUGUCCGUCAAACAGGUGGGCAGGAAGCUGAGGGUGAGUGGCCGGACGGAGAGGAAGCAGGACUCCUCCUCCUCCUCCUCCUCCUGCUGUCAGGACUUCAUGAAGGAGCUCCAGCUGCCGGACGGCGUCGACCACGAGGCCCUCACCUGCUCGCUGGUGGGGGGGCGGCUGCAGAUCCAGGCCCCCCCGGAGAGAGCGCUGCAUGAUGGGAAAGAGAGGCUGGUGCCCAUCAGACUCACCUCUUCGUCAGAGAGCAGCCCUGCUGAGAGGAACUGA